AUGAGGUUCAAGGGGCGAGGCCUGGGGCGGGGCUACGACCCCCUAGAGACGCCUGGGAAGCCAUCAGAGGAGAAACAGGUGGAAAUGGAGAUGGGGGCUGUGGAGAACGGUGCUGGGGAGGACCUGGGGGGCCUCACGGCAGAGGAGCUGCGGCAGGGCCAGGAAGCGGCCCUGGCACUGGAGGACAUGAUGGCGCUGAGCGCCCAGACCCUGGUCCAGGCCGAGGUGGACGAGCUCUACCAGCACGUGCGUCCCCUGGGCCAGGGUCGCUUUGGCCGGGUCCUGCUGGUCACCCACCGUCAGAAAGGCACAACCUUUGCCCUGAAGCAGCUCCCGAAGGCCUCCACCACCCUCCGAGGCUUCCUGUAUGAGUUCUGCGUGGGCCUCUCCCUGGGCUCGCACCCGGCCAUCGUGGCGACCUACGGCAUUGGCGUGGAGUCAGUCGACUCCUACAGCUUCCUGACCGAGCCUGUCCUGCAUGGAGAUCUCAUCGCCUUCAUCCAGCCCAAGGUGGGCCUCCUGCAGCCAGCAGCCCAGCGCUGUGCGGCCCAGCUGGCCUCAGCCCUGGAGCACAUCCACUCCCGCGGCCUGGUGUACCGGGACCUCAAGCCGGAGAACGUGCUGGUGUGCGACCCAGCCUGCCGGUGGGUCAAGCUUACCGACUUCGGCCACACGCGGCCCCGCGGGACCCUGCUGCGCCUGGUGGGGCCGCCCAUACCCUACACGGCCCCAGAGCUCUGUGGCCCCCCGCCCCUCCCCGAGGGCCUGCCCAUCCAGCCCGCCCUGGACGCUUGGGCACUGGGCGUCCUGCUCUUCUGCCUUCUCACUGGCUACUUCCCCUGGGACCAGCCCCUGGUGGAGGCCGACCCCUUCUAUGAGGACUACGUCAUCUGGCAGGCCUCAGGCCAGCCCCAGGCCCGUCCUCAGCCCUGGCUUGGCCUGACGCCCGUGGCAGACGCUCUCCUGUGGGGGCUGCUGGACCCUCACCCCCGAAGGAGAAGCCCCGUGAGCUCCAUCCGGGACUACCUGGGGCGGCCCUGGAGGCAGCGGGAGGGGGAGGCCGAGGAGGUGCCCCAGGGGGAGAAGGGGGACCCAGAGUGA